AUGAGUGACGACGAAGUAAGCACCAACGAAGCCGAAGAAGAGCAAGAUAUCACUGAUCUUUCCAAUAGCGAUGUCUGCACAAAGUACCAAGAAGCUGCCAAAAUUGUCAAUUUGGCUUUGGAAGGUCUAGUCUUGCAAUGCAUUCCAGGUGCGAAAGUUUUGGAUCUCUGCGAAUUCGGACACACUGUCAUGGAAGCACAAGCCGCCAAGCUGUAUCAAAAGAAGGUUAACGGUGUUGCUAUUGAUAGAGGAGUUUCUUUCCCAGUCUGUAUCUCUGUCAACGAUGUUGUCUGCAAUCAUUCUCCUCUUCCCACAGAGGAAAGACCACCUUUGAAGGUUGGGGAUAUCGUGAAAAUGGAUUUGGGGUGCCACAUUGACGGUUACAUUGCAGUUGCAGCACACACCUGUGUUGUUACUGAAUCUCCAGAGGCCCAACCAGAGAAGGAUGAGGAACUUGGAAAUGUUGCUGUUGCCGCCUACAAUGCCAUGUUGGUUGCCGCUGCUUCGAUAAAAGCAGGAGCAACCAAUGCUGAUGUCACAAAGGCUGUUGAACGUGUCGCCAGUGCAUAUGGUGUCACACCAAUUUCUUCGGUCCGAAUGCACCAAAUGAAACGUUAUGUCUUGGAUGGUGUCAAGGAAGUGGCUUUGAAGGCUCCUGUUCCCGAUGACCCAGAAGAAGAAAAGGUCCCAGAAUGCACCUUUGAGCAAGCUGAGGUCUACGCUGUUGAUGUUGCCAUGUCUACGGGAGAUGGCAAGGCCCGACCAGGUGAAUUUAGAACCACUGUUUUCAAGCGCAAUGUGGAGCAACAAUACCACCUUAAGGUCAAGGCUUCUCGUCAAUUGUUGGCGGAAGUUGACAAGAAAUUCCCCACUCUUCCUUUCACAAUGCGCCACUUGAGCGAUCUUCGUUCGGCCAAGUUGGGUAUCACUGAAUGUAUCACUCACGGUCUAUUGACCCCUUACCCAAGCAUGCACGACUAUUCUGGAAAGGUUGCACACUUCAAGUGCACUGUACUGCUACUUCCCUCUGGAACUGCCCGAGUAACAGGAUUGACUCUUCCAUCUUAUUUCACAACCGACAAGGCAGCAGAUGAAGAAACCCAAAAGGUCCUCACGGAAAUUGCCGAUGCUGAAGCCAAAAAGGCCGCCAAGAAGGCAGCAAAGAGGAAGAACAAGAAAAAGAAGAAGGUUGAGGUUACCCUUUCUGCUUAA